AUGCAACCACCUGCUGGUCAGGUAAUGGAAGAAAUAGCAUCAAGAAUGCCUCUUACAGAUGCUGAGAUUACAAUGUUCCGAUCAGAAGCAACUGAUUACAUCAGAUCAAUGAUACCUAAAAUCAAAACAGGACCAGCAUUUUACCCUUUAGAAGCAGAAAACUUUAGAAAUUUUCGAACAAAUAUGGGAUGGCUGGAGCAGCAGGAGCUGGAGGCCUACUGGAGAAGACUGAAGCUGCAGGCCUGCAAGAGAUGGCUGGAGCAGCAGGGCUGGAGGCCUACUGAGAAGACUGGAGCUGCAGGCCUACUGGAGAAGACUGGAGCUGCAGGCCUGCAAGAGAUGGCUGGAGCAGCAGGAGCUGGAGGCCUACUGGAGAAGACUGGAGCUGCAGGCCUGCAAGAGAUGGCUGGAGCAGCAGGAGCUGGAGGCCUACUGGAGAAGACUGGAGCUGCAGGCCUGCAAGAGAUCCUUCUUCUUUCAACAUUUCAAUUCCUUCAUUCAAUAUGUCAAUUUCCUUCUUUUGAUAUCUCUGUCACUGUACCUUCAAUAUUUCUAUCAAUUUCCUUCUUUCAAUAUCUGUCACUGUCCCUUCAAUAUUUCUAUCAUUUUCCUUCUUUUGAUAUCUCUGUCACUGUACCUUCAAUAUUUCUAUCAAUUUCCUUCUUUCAAUAUCUGUCACUGUCCCUUCAAUAUUUCUAUCAUUUUCCUUCUUUUGAUAUCUCUGUCACUGUACCUUCAAUAUUUCUAUCAAUUUCCUUCUUUCAAUAUCUGUCACUGUCCCUUCAAUAUUUCUAUCAUUUUCCUUCUUUUGAUAUCUCUGUCACUGUACCUUCAAUAUUUCUAUCAAUUUCCUUCUUUCAAUAUCUGUCACUGUCCCUUCAAUAUUUCUAUCAUUUUCCUUCUUUUGAUAUCUCUGUCACUGUACCUUCAAUAUUUCUAUCAAUUUCCUUCUUUCAAUAUCUGUCACUGUCCCUUCAAUAUUUCUAUCAUUUUCUUUCUUUUGAUAUCUCUGUCACUGUACCUUCAAUAUUUCUAUCAGUUUCCAUAAUGACAGAAAUCCUGGAAUUAGAUCUGUGGGAAGAAAAUCCACCAAUUAAAGAACAACUCUUGAAUAUGAUAUUAAAACAACUUAAGCAUGAUGCCACAAAAUGGUUGCAAGAAAAUGUUGACACUAUCAGCAGUGAUGGGGUGUUAGACAAUAUCCUUGACGAGAUAACCAAACUAAGCAAUGUACUUAAUCUUGUAGUCACACAUUGUACGCCUGUUAAUGUCAUCAGUACAUUCUUUGCCAUAUUUGGUGUAAACUAUUACCAGAAGAUUUCAGUUUUUGUCGACAGCAAGAUUUCAAUGAAAUCAAAGGAACUCAUGUUGGAGAUGAACCGUUAUCAGUUGAGGUAUUACAAGUUUCCAGAGAACAUCACCAAUAGUUCCAAGGUUUCUCUGAGUCUAUACACUACAUUAAGGAAGUUGUACAACAUUCUAAAAUGCAACUUGAAUGAAAGAGAAUUAUUUCUGGUAACCUUGGGAGGUUAUCAGUCCUGGUUCCAAGAAACCCUCAUGUAUUGGCUCACUACAUUCAAAGUGGAGUGUCAAAAUCGACUCACUAAAGCCCUAGAGAUUGACAAAGAUAUAGUUCUGGUUACUUCCCUCUUGAAGUUUUCUAACUCCUCAGUUGAUGUGUUGUCUUGCUUUUCGAGUAUUACCAUGGAAUGGAGAGAGAUUGAUUUUGCUGAUCCUGAUACGGCUGUGAUGGGAGUUACCAAAAUCACUGAUUUCAUCUGUGAUUGUGUAAAGUUGUAUGCUGACAAGAUUCACAUGACUCUGAAGAAUAAUGGUUAUUAUGAUGAACAGGAGAACCAUUUUGACAUCACUGAUCAGUUGUGUAUUACUCUAAAUAAUAUUGAACAUGUAACAGCCUACCUAAAGAAUCUGGAACAUGAGCUGGAAUGGGAAAAAGUGGCCAAUGCCAUGUCCACUGCCCAUGAAUCAGAGGAAAUUCGGCAGCAGGUACUGACCACUCUUCACCGAUUAACCCGAAACUGUUGCAGUGAUAUCAACCUUAAAAGUAGGAUGCUGAUCGCAGAGAUUGUUGAUCGAAUGAAAAUAGAUCUAAAUAAAAAGAUGGAAAUUUUGAACAACAACUGGAAAGCUUUAUCUUCUUCUGUGGAUCUGAAGAAUUAUUUGCAAAGCAAUAUGGACACACUGAAGCGUCGUUUGCACCAAUCUGUCUAUCCAUUGUUUAUUGAGGAACUAUGGGGAAUGGUGAUAACCCUCUUACAAGAAAAAGUGGGCACAGGGCAAGAAGCUGAAUAUUAUCAAACAUUACACAAGCAUGUACGCAAUCUACGUGCCUUUUUCCUAAGUCACCUGGAUCCACAUACUGAUUUGCAGACUGAAGCCAGCAAAAAAUUGGAAGAAUGGUUAUCUGUUAACAGUAAAGCAACUGAGGAACUAAUGUUAAAAUACUUUGCUGAGUUAAAUCAAAAUAAGAGAACUCCAGAAAUUGAUUAUGGACACAUAGCUGUGAAAGUUGCUUUCUUGCUUGAGACGCGGGGAUAUGUGACAAUAUUUGUAAAAGUGAUAAGUGGAACUGACCUACCUGGCCUGGAUUCAACAGGUCUGAGUGAUCCAUAUGUAAUAGUGGCUAUGCAGCCUCGGUGUUUAUUCAAAGAACUCAAGCCAAAGAGGACGAAAACUGUUCCACAAAAUUUGAACCCUGUUUUUAAUGCAUCUUUCCAAUUCAACAACAUCCCCCAGGAAUGUCUGACCACCCCAGGAGCUACUAUUCACUUGCUUGUCUAUGACCAAGACAAACUGCUGCGAGAUGACUUUGCUGGUGAAGCAACCAUUGCGCUGUCAUCAAUUCCACAAUUGAAUGAUGGCAGCUGUACAACUUUUGACAAAACACCCACCACUAUUCUAGCCUUGAGGCGGCCUCAGAUGACAUCAAGAGCCCUCCAGGUUCUCCAGUAUCGAAUUGACAGAGAUAACAUAGCUAAGGACUUUGUACAGGAGAGGUUACGCGUCAUUGAGAAUCAACGGCCACGCACUGACAGAGCUAUUGUCCAAAGACCCUUAACUUUAAUUCAUGCCUUAAAGACACUUUUUUAA